UCAAACAGAUGGAGGAGGAGAGCAAUCACAAGACUAAGAGGAUGGUAGACCUCACCCUGGAGAUCAUCUAUCUGCUGACUGGAGAGGUGAGGAGGAUUCUGGGAGGUCACAUGACCAGGAAAGAAAGCCCCAUGAUGGAGCCUCUUAUUCCCCCAAGCAAUCACAAAAAGAUCCUAGAAGUCACCCAGAAGAUUAUUGAGCUGCUGACAGGAGAGGUUCCUAUAAGGUGUCAGGAUGUCGCUGUCUCAUUCAACACAGAAGAAGGGAAGUAUUCGGGAUGCAAUGAUCAGCACAAAGAGCCUGCCACAUCACUGGAAACCAGAGAGACUCGGAGAGACGUUAAAGCUGAGGAGGAGGAAGAAGAAGAACAUGUGAGGAUUAAAGAGGAAGAAAUCCCUCCAGAGAUCAGCACAGAGGAGUGGGAGUAUAUAGAAGGACACAAGGAUCUCUACAGGGACGUCAUGAUGGAGAACCGGCCGCUCCUCACAUCACCGGAUGGAUCCAGUAAUGGGAACCCACAAGAGAGAUGUCCCCGUCCUCUGUAUUCCCGG